AUGGAGACUUCAUGUUACGCUGGUUCUUCUAUUGAAGAAGAAGUAAAAAAAAGCCUUUGCCUUUCUUUGGGCAAGGUUCGGGUAAAGACGGACAAGUUUGAGAAUGAGAAACCUGGUUUCUCUGUGCAUAAUAGUAACAAUACUUGUUUGGGUUCGUCUUCUAAUGCCUCUCCAAGCAAAACCCAACAAGCACAGCCUGAUGUUUAUCCAAAAUACGAAAGCGGAUUUGUUAAUUCGCCUAGAGUUCCAGUGCCAUUGUAUCCACAAAGUAUCUGGAGAGAUCAUAUUUUGAACGGUGGAGGACACUUUCUGGGUUCAAACAACCUGAAUGGGCAUGCCAAUGCUUAUCAACCAAACAACCCUCUUGGUAACCUGACAGAAGAAACUACAAAAUCAAGAUUAAGUCGUGGAGAAACAUCUCCAUCUUUCUGCAACUGGGCAAACCAGCUCAACCCUAGUGUUAAUAAUUGGUACCAAAGUUCAGGAGAACAAUAUUACAGAAGCAAUGAAAGGAUUGGAAUGUAUUCAAAUGGUGAUCGGUACCCAAGUUCUGGAAUAUCUAGUUAUAUGGGGACUCAGUCAAGCUUUAACAAUGAUGGAUGCCAUGGUGAUCAGAUAUUUAAGCUGCGGUCUUAUGCCGAUAUAGCUCGACUGGCUAUGACGCAAACCGGAUCACAGAGCUUAAUAAAUAUCAUGGUGGCUUCUAAGGACCCAUUCGCUAAGGAUAUGAUUUUUACUGGGGUUUUCGGUUCCAUAUUCGAGGUGAUGAAUGACUCACAUGGAUACUAUGUUUUUGGGAAGCUUAUUGAAUCAUGCAAUUACGAUCAAUCAAAAUCAAUUCAGAGGCUUGUCAAGGUGCUUGAGAAAUCACCCUUGAUUUACACCUUGACAUUAGCUCUAUCCAGUGUAUUGGGGCCACUGAUGACCAACCGAACAGGGUCGUUUGUUAUAUUGAAGUGCUUAAACCUCCUUGACACACAGAAAAAUGAGAAAAUAUACGAAACUGCUGAAAGGCUUUGCAUCACUCUGGCCCAGAAUGAAAAGGGAUGCAUAUACUUGAAUGAGUUCAUCACCUACAGUAAAACUCCAUACAGAGAGAGACUCAUGAAUGAAAUCUCAAGCAAAUCAAAACUCCUUUCUCAGGAUCCUUCAGGGAACUUUGUUGUCCAGCACGUCCUGGGACUCCAUAACCCUGUCUUCUGUGCAAAGAUAUGCUUUGAGCUGAGGGAUCUGUACAUAAAGCUCUCUUCACAAAGAGGUGGGAGUCAUGUUAUAGAGAAAUGCUUGAACUCUUCUGAGACAGAUUAUGUAGUAAAUGCUUUUCUCAAGUAUGAAAAACUGUCGCAAAUUGCGCGGGAUCAAUUUGGAAACUACGUGAUCCAAACAGCAUUGAAGGCCACAAAGCGUGCAAAUAGUCCCCUUUAUCAAAUGCUUUUAGCAAAGCUCGAACAAAAUCGGAAUGAACUCAUGAGUGGAUUUGGAAGGAAAGUGCUGAGUUUCAUUGACAGUGGCGUCCCCCUAGACUAA